GCAGCGGCAAAAGGGCGCAGAAGAACCACAAACCCCAGAAGCCCUCGCGCCCACUCUUCUCCCUCCCCUCCAGAAGUCGGAGUGCUGUUUUUGUUGUUGGUGAAAGGUGAGGGGAACAGCUGAUCCGUCUGUUGGAUUAGUUGCUGCUUUCUGAUGUCAUAACUCAUUCCUGGAUACAGCUGGGUCAACAAGCUUAGGAGUAGGAGGACAGAUAUCUCAAGGCCAGGAUGGAAGAAUCACCACUAAGCCGGGCACCAUCCCGUGGUGGAGUCAACUUUCUCAAUGUAGCCCGGACCUACAUCCCCAACACCAAGGUGGAAUGUCACUACACCCUUCCCCCAGGCACCAUGCCCAGUGCCAGUGACUGGAUUGGCAUCUUCAAGGUGGAGGCUGCCUGUGUUCGGGAUUACCACACAUUUGUGUGGUCUUCCGUGCCUGAAAGUACAACUGAUGGUUCCCCCAUUCACACCAGUGUCCAGUUCCAAGCCAGCUACCUGCCCAAACCAGGAGCUCAGCUCUACCAGUUCCGAUAUGUGAACCGCCAGGGCCGGGUGUGUGGGCAGAGCCCCCCUUUCCAGUUCCGAGAGCCAAGGCCCAUGGAUGAACUGGUGACCCUGGAGGAGGCUGAUGGGGGCUCUGACAUCCUGCUGGUUGUCCCCAAGGCAACUGUGUUACAGAACCAGCUCGAUGAGAGCCAGCAAGAACGGAAUGACCUGAUGCAGCUGAAGCUGCAGCUGGAGGGACAGGUGACAGAGCUGAGGAGCCGAGUGCAGGAGCUCGAGAGGGCUCUGGCAACUGCCAGGCAGGAGCACACGGAGCUGAUGGAACAGUACAAGGGGAUUUCCCGGUCCCAUGGGGAGAUCACAGAAGAGAGGGACAUCCUGAGCCGGCAACAGGGAGACCAUGUGGCUCGCAUCCUGGAGCUAGAGGAUGACAUCCAGACCAUCAGUGAGAAAGUGCUGACGAAGGAAGUGGAGCUGGACAGGCUUAGAGACACAGUGAAGGCCCUGACUCAGGAACAAGAGAAGCUCCUUGGGCAACUGAAAGAAGUACAAGCAGACAAGGAGCAAAGUGAGGCUGAGCUCCAAGUGGCACAACAGGAGAACCAUCACUUAAAUUUGGACCUGAAGGAGGCGAAGAGCUGGCAAGAGGAGCAGAGUGCUCAGGCUCAGCGACUGAAAGACAAGGUGGCCCAGAUGAAGGACACCCUAGGCCAGGCCCAGCAGCGGGUGGCCGAGCUGGAGCCCUUGAAGGAGCAGCUUCGAGGGGCCCAGGAGCUUGCAGCCUCAAGCCAGCAGAAAGCCACCCUUCUUGGGGAGGAGUUGGCCAGCGCAGCAGCAGCCAGGGACCGCACCAUAGCCGAACUACACCGCAGCCGCCUGGAAGUGGCUGAAGUUAACGGCAGGCUGGCUGAGCUCGGUUUGCACUUGAAGGAAGAAAAAUGCCAAUGGAGCAAGGAGCGGGCAGGGCUGCUGCAGAGUGUGGAGGCAGAGAAGGACAAGAUCCUGAAGCUGAGUGCAGAGAUACUUCGAUUGGAGAAGGCAGUUCAGGAGGAGAGGACCCAAAACCAAGUGUUCAAGACUGAGCUGGCCCGGGAGAAGGAUUCUAGCCUGGUACAGUUGUCAGAAAGUAAGCGGGAGCUGACAGAGCUGCGGUCAGCCCUGCGUGUGCUCCAGAAGGAAAAGGAGCAGUUACAGGAGGAGAAACAGGAAUUGCUAGAGUACAUGAGAAAGCUAGAGGCCCGCCUGGAGAAGGUGGCAGAUGAGAAGUGGAAUGAGGAUGCCACCACAGAGGAUGAGGAGGCCGCUGUGGGGCUGAGCUGCCCGGCAGCUCUGACAGACUCAGAGGAUGAGUCCCCAGAAGACAUGAGGCUCCCACCCUAUGGCCUUUGUGAGCGUGGAGACCCAGGCUCCUCUCCUGCUGGGCCUCGAGAGGCUUCUCCCCUUGUUGUCGUCAGCCAGCCGGCUCCCAUUUCUCCUCACCUCUCUGGGCCAGCUGAGGACAGUAGCUCUGACUCGGAGGCUGAAGAUGAGAAGUCAGUCCUGAUGGCAGCUGUGCAGAGUGGGGGUGAGGAGGCCAACUUACUGCUUCCUGAACUGGGCAGUGCCUUCUAUGACAUGGCCAGCACCAUCUUCUGCAGAGCCCAAAUUGCCCUGCUUCCCCUCUCUCCUGCCUCUACCCCUUCCCCAACCACCAGGUUCAAGGGGGCAGGCACAGGGAAGAGAGAUUUGAUCAUCUAGUCCCGGUUUUGCCUGGAUGUGAGAUGGGCUCAGGGCAGGGAGGGGGUGAUGCUGUCAUCCUUCUCGGCUGGAGCAGGAAGAUGAAGGACGAUGUCAGACUCAUUUUCAGCCUCAUUAGGCAGCAGACGGAGAUGGAGGGAGGAGAGCAGGAGGCUGGGGGAUGGGCUCUGCACUGUAGAGACCAGCAGGGACUAAAGAAGAGAGGACAUGGGGAACUGGAAAAAUAAGCCUUCCAGGAUUGUGGGGAGAAAGACGCUGUGGGAGAGGCCAGGAUGCUGCAUUAGGCACAGGAUAACCUGGGAACCCAGGCACAUGGGUCCUGCUCUCCAAAGUCUGCAAGUCAAGAAGGGAACAGAGCACGCCGACCCUCUCCCUUUCCCCUCUGUCUCUCUUAGUGGCUUUACAGUGGGUCCCCUGUCAGAAACCAGCACUGGGGGCCCUGCCACCCCCACAUGGAAGGAGUGUCCUAUCUGUAAGGAGCGCUUUCCUGCUGAGAGUGACAAGGAUGCCCUGGAGGACCACAUGGAUGGACACUUCUUUUUCAGCACCCAGGACCCCUUCACCUUUGAGUGAUCUUACUCCCUCGUACAUGCACAAAUACACGCUCAUGCACACACACACUCACACACAUGCAUACACUUAGGUUUCAUGCCCAUUUUCUAUCACACUGGGCUCCAUGAUAUUCUGUUCCCUAAGAACUGCUUCUGUGUGCCCUGUUUUCAUCCCAAGAUUUCUCACUUCAUCCUCUCCUACCUGGCUCUUUUGUCCCAGGGAGGGGUCCUGUUCGGAAGCAGUGGCUGAAUUUAUCCCCUGAAAGUGGUUUUGGAGGAACCGGGAUGGAGGAGGCCUUCCCCUGUGGGAAUAGAAUCGUCCACUCCUAGCCCUGGUUGCUUCUGAUACACAGCCACUGCACACACACACUCACACUCACACUCCCUUGUCUGAUGCCCCAAAGCCAAUUCCUGGGGCACCCUACCCUCUCUUGUUUGGAGUUUCCGUUUGUUUACCUGAGUUUUCUCUGGGGUCUGCACAGAGGCAGCAGCAUGGACAUCAUGGCCUCUCAGGUCCCUUUUGGUUCUCAGUUUCAUUGGUUCCUCUUUCUGUUCCCCCAUUGCCUUCUUUGCCCCACCCCAGCCUUUUCCAUAACCUUAGGUAUUCAGUUUGGAGGGGUUUUUUGUAUUUUUGAGGAUUCCUGUAUUCUGUAUCCUCUCCUCGCAUCUCCUCACAUGGAAAGAAAUAAUGUAUUUGUGCCUUCUGUGAGGGAUGGGGGGGAAAAGUGGUCCCAGGUAUCCCCAUUUCCAAGCCCCCCCUCCCUCUCCAGGUCCCCCCACAGCAAUAAAAGCUUCCCCCUGAUAUCCAUCCCUUUGUAGUUUGAACAAAUAUAUUUAUAUGAUAUGUA